AGUGCGAGUUCACGCCCCUUUUCCAAGUAGAAAUUUCCCCCGUCGUAUUAAACCGUUACUCUUGGUACUACCGAGUUCUUUCGCGCUCUCUUUCUUGUUGAAAAACGUAACUACGCAAAACCAAAGUUCGCAUCCGCCGCCGAGAAAUAAGUGGACCAAGAAGUCGAAGCGACGGCAGGAACUCCCGGUCUCCACCACCGACCGACUGACUGCCCGUAGAAGUACUCGUGUUUCGUUUCCGGAGUUUUCUUCACAAUGAUGGCCAGAACACCUUCAAACCGCCCGCGAGAUGGAGGCAUGAUCAUCGCUUCUCCGACGAUGACGAUGUCAACCGCCGGCACUGCGCCUCCUGCUAGAACGGCAAAUGUUAGUAAGGCGGGCAGUGUAUCUGUAUUCCUGUUGACAGCCACAUCAGGUUUUUUCGAGGCAAAUUUAUUGCUUGGCCACGUGGCUGCUUUCACCGUGGUACGAAAGCCCGGCGGGGUCUCGCCGCGUUCAAAGCGCACCAUUUAUGGAAGAUAAAAAGUCGUAUUUAGUGUUAGUCAUGUUGUAGGUGCAAAAGCACUGUAAGCAUGGAUGGAUAGACUGUGCUGGUUGAAUCCAGGACGGAUGUGUACUACAACAUGCAUGAAACUAUUUUAUUCAUUCUCUCCAUCAAAUAAUUUUAGAGCCUUUCUUGUGCACUGUGAAAGAACAAGUUAUUCUUGUCCCGGCAUGAGCAUGUUCUUGACGCUGGUGCCCCAAGAUCAAGCAGUCAAAAGCAGUAGAAUAUUAGAAGUGAAAGAAAAGAGCUCCACCCGCACCCUCACAACGACUUUUUUUUCGCUGCAUAAUUACGUAGCUCGCGCGGUCAACACGAAGACGGGUACAACCAGCAAUGAUGCAGUAGGGUCCGCAACAAGCACGUCGCAGAGGAGUCCUGACGGUUCGCAAGAUCGACCAGCAGAGGAAAAAUUUGAACAGGAAUUCACCGCGGCACAAGAAAGCAGCGAGUUGGUGAACAAGCGGCCCAGCAAUCGGGAACAACAAGGGGCCCGUCGCGGAGCCAGCAGCGCUUUUCUCGCAACUUUUGCACCCUCCCGUACUGGCCCCUGGAGAGCAAGGGGCACUAGAUUGACUACACUUGUGAACCGUGCGAAGUCGGCGAGAGAGCAACACGACGACACCGAGUUUUUACUGCAUGAUGAUACAACAACUGCGGAAGAACAGCUGCCAGUGCCAACGAAGAAAGCGUCACACGACACAGCAGCUGUCGGGCGGGAAGGGACCACAGUCGAGAGCACUCGGAAACUCACCGACGCAGUUGAAAGUGGUCCUUCAUCUUCUCAUGUGGUAGAAGAGGCGGGACUUUUGUCGUCUUCGCGCCACCACGAGCUACAUAGCGGCUCGGUGACACAGGCAUCCCUUGUACAGCGGGAAGAGGCAGGACAGGGCUUAGAAGUCUCCGUCGUUUCUGACACGACAAUUUGCGGUGACGAGGAGGCCAGGCACAACAAGCUCCUGAACGGGACUGUCAUUUUAGACUUUGACGUUUGGACCCCGGAACGAAAUUUCGGCGGAGAUGAUACAAUGCACUACACUCUCGUCGGUGCGGCAGCCGUACCGCCCGAGGUCAACGCCCGCCCGCCCAACACCCUGCAGGGGCCAAACCUCGUCAACGCCGCACAGUGUGCGGCCGUGUGUGCCGCGUGGCCCAAGUUCUCAAGCCGCACUGGCAAUAAAAUCAAACCAGAGCCCCUCGAUGCACUUGAGAAUCACGUGCCGGAUGUGACUUGUACGGGCUGGACGUACUACAACAAGGCUUCGGGGUAUGAAAGUGCACAACUCCCCCUCCCCCUCAUUCGUAUUGCAUGAACAGCAAUACAAGCGUCAGCAAGAAUACAUGUUAUCUUUCUAUGACAGAUCUGAACUGGAUUGCAGUGCUAUUUGGGCUACCAGAACUUGUCAUGCAAACAGUGCCGAGAGGGAGAGCCAAAGCGUAAAUUAGGCAUUUGGCAUGACAAAUGAGGGGGAGGGGGAGUUGUGCACUGUCAUACGGGGCCGACCCCCGUCGACCCGGUCGACGGAUCCUGGUACACGAAUGGCCGAAACUGGGAUUUUGACGGAAACGGCCAAUUCGGAGACCAUGCGAAGGAAUCGAAGGGUCCCGCGUGCCGGCUCUUUUCAGGGGAGUGGACAGAAAUCGACUUCGUCGGUACUACCAGCCACGAGGACCUGGCACAAGGAGGGUACAAAUUCUCAAACAGCGACGACAUCGAGUCGGGUGUUCCGUGUUCUGUGUUAACCGACAGUGCGGACGAAAAAGUCUUCGAGGAUUGCAAAGAAGGAGACUUCGGUCUUUUCCUGGACUGGCCGUCGAGUGCGGGAGGCAAAUCCCCACACGGAGGCUCCAUGUUCGGUAACGCAAAAGUGAAUCAAGGCCUUUAUCAGGACGCCUCCGAGAGCAUUGUGUACCAGGAUGCAACAACAGGACAGGUAUCGGUUACGGUGACGGCGAUUACCCUCCAGGAUGCGGAGACCGGUGACUUCACCACGGUGAAGAAGGUCACAGGCGUGCCGAAAACUGGGGAGGACUGGACGUGGGAAUAUCUUCCCGACGGACCGGGGAUGGGCUACUUCCUUUGUAUGGCGUGGUGUCGGAUCACACCUUGGUGCAAGGCCAUGUCUGCUGGGCGCGGAAACGGGACCGAUCUGGCCGAAGGCUGCUGGCUACGCGACGCGACCAUGAAGCCAGAUGAGAACAUAUACCGUACGCAAUGGGCGCCGCCACACAAUGCCGCCGUCCACAGUGCUUACACAGUGUGCGCCCAAAUCAAGAGCGGAACAACCGAUGCUGUUGUCAUCGGUGACCAGGAUAACCAGUUUGUUUGCCAAUGUUCGAAUGGAGAAAAGCGCAACGUUGCGACCGCAUCUACCUGCCUGGCCGAUGGGCAGCAGGACUGUGCAGAAUGCGAUCACGGUUACGCAUUGAGGAAUCUUGGCACCGAGGAUGAGCCGGUGAGUGUCUGUUGGCCCACCUGUCAGGGGAUGACCCAAUGUAGAGCCACGGCCGACAGCACGGGCGCGUACCUGGUGCGGACGUCAGACAGCUCGCAGGUUUUCUGUAACGAAAAUAUGUCCAACGACGUUGCCUUCGGCAGCACUUUCCCGGAUGAUGAAUGCGAGUCUGCCUGUUGUACGACAGGCUGCAAGCCGCCUGCAGAUGCCGAUUUUACAAGUAUGCAGGAGCGAACGAAAAACCUUCCGGAGCUCCUCGCUAGCAACGAGGAGUGGGCGGCUCUUUUGCGUUCGGAAGACAUGAAACCCGAGAACAGCCUCGCUGUCGCAAGCUCGGACAGGAAGACGUGGCAGCUGACCAGCGGGACCGAGCUAGUGGAGUGCGCCGACGGCUGGACCUCGAGUUCGGACUCGUCUAGCACGCCCAAAUGGUACUGCCCCGCAGCCGGCGCGGAGGUUCUCAUGGACGGCUGCGACGUUCCGAAAUGCAGCCGUGUUGCUGCGGAUUGUAAUGUGCCCGGAUCAAGCGACGCCCAGGAGACGCCUUUCUACAUCUACCAGGACUCCGUAUCUGCCGACACGGAUUGCGCGUCAGUGGCAGGAUACGACGGUGAGGAGAUUUAUGGGAGUGUCAGAAUCGAAAUUGGCAAAAUCGAAAAAUUUGUGAUGCACAAAAUCGAUGUCAGUCGGUGCCGCAGUUUUCCAGUGGCGCAUGACAAAUUUCGGGAGCACCAAAAUCCAGUCUGUCGUGCUGUUUGGGGAAAGAAGACUGCUCCUGUCAUGCUACUCUGGCAGCACAUUGCACACCCCUCAACAGGCCUACAAUCGGCCUCAUAUGCUUGCUCCCCAAUACAGGCCUUCAGUGCUCUACAUUUUACGCAUCACAAGUUUUUCGAUUUUGUCGAUUUCGAUCCUGACACACCCAUAAGACUGUUCAGGCCUGUCAGACAGCAUGCUGCGUGCAGGGAUGCAAGAAGCCGAGUGACGCUUCCGGGUUUUUCGACAAGUACAGCUCUUUACGAUUUUCAAUAUUUAUUUAGUACCAGACGACCCUUUGUCGAAGAAGUUUGCUUCACAUAGUUUUUCUUUGUACUAUCGAUCCGCGCGGCCACACAGACACAUGUUGCUUUUCUGUACCCGCACGACGACCUCCGACCAACCCCGAACCGAUGAAGUAGAGUUCGACGACCGAGAGUGUUGGCGCUCCAAAUUUGAAUGUCGACAAGCCCUAGCCUCACUCACACUCAGUGGCGUUCUUCUCGCUAUGGUAUCAGGGCAGGCUACUGCUUUAUUCCAGCCGCGCUGCGGCGGAGGGAGGGAACACGAGCAGUGCCGAGCUCAGCUCGGUCAAAUCAUCAGCAUUUCAUUUCCUCUUCCUAGCAAAAUGAAUGAACGAAGGCUAAAUUGACAAUAAAAUCUUACAACAGGGUAACGAUUUCUUUUUCCGCGGGUAACUGGAAAACCUGGCUGAGUGAUUCUCGGAUGAUGCCAGGUAAAAGUGCGAUUUCAAUGCCCGUCGAUAUCGGGUCAGCAAGCUGCGCGGGAAGCGGCGAUGCAGAAUUCUACUGCAGCCAGUCAGGUGCUGAACUUCAGGUGGCAGGGUGCGCAGACGAGACUGCGACUGCGCCUGAACAUUGCGAGUGCGAACAUGGUAACAAGAAGGCGGCUGCCACCACAGAUACGUGCUACCUAAAUGGUCAGCAAGACUGUGCCGAAUGCACCACGGCCGGCUUCGAACUAGCGCCUAUCGAGCACGUCGCAGGUGCGCAACAGUGCCUUCCGGAGGACACGGGCACGCCGACCUGCAGGUGCGACGGUGGUACGAUGAAGGCGGUCCUCUCCACAGCUACGUGCUACCAAAAUGGCCAGCAAGACUGUGAUUUCUGUACUGAGACCGACUCCGUUGAAAGGCCCGUCCCCGAUGCCCCCGAUGCGAAACAGUGCCGCCCGCCGCCGGUCUGCGAAUGCGAUCAUGGUACGAAGAAUCCGGCUGGCUCCCAGACGUGCUACGAGGAUGGUCAGCAAGACUGCUACGAAUGUACUGAGCCCGGCUACAAUCUCUCGGACGAGGACGUCCCCGGCGCCCCCAGUGCGCGAAGCUGCGUUCGUGCGGCGAAGGUCUGCGAAUGCCAGCAUGGUACGACAAACCCAGCUGACUCCGCGACGUGCCACGAGGAUGGUCAGCAAGACUGUGCGCUCUGUACUGAACCCGGCUACGUUCUAAUGGACAUUCGUAUGGACUGGAAAGCGUGCCUCCCCACGUGUGAAGUUCUCGGCGGGGCAUGCAGUGCCCCAGGCUACAAUGUCACUGGUGACAGCAGCCAACUCUGUCGGGCUGUGGGCGAUUUAAAUGUGACGAAUAAUUUGUUCUCGUUGCCGGACGUGACCGACUGCGAGGCAACGUGUUGCACCAAUGCCACUACCGAGACGCACAUCGCUACCGGGGGUCACUUAUGGAUUGUAAAAGUGUCUGGGUCUGGAAGGUGGGAACUUGUAAUGCUAGCUUUCCAUACCUAGAAAAUCUGUAUUGCAUAACCAACAAAAGUCGCAGCCUCUUUUGUCAUGCAAAAACGCAGUUUCUCAUGCGGAUUGCCUAUGAGAACAAAGCGUUUUGGGAAGUUGUCAUGCCGGACUGCAUUCGGAAGUGUUUUCAUCAUGCACAUUUUAGCAUCACAAGUUUCCAGAUCCAGACCCAGACAUUUUUGCAUUUGAUAUCACUCGAAAGUGGAGGAGGUGAUCUUCGGUGGCGGGGGAACCAACGAGUCUACCACUAACGCUACUGAGGAAGCGGUCGAAGCUAUCCAAGAAAAAAAGUGUCACAGUUAAUACUGCACAUUUUCGCAAGUGCAAGAGAUAAUCCAGCAGCCCAGGUUUGGUCUGCAUGACAAGAAACGCCUGAUGUAAGAAUAGAUGAGAUUAUUCGGGGAUCAUAAGGGAAGAAACGGGAAGCUGCAUUUUUUUACAAAAUUCAAUUUUACAAACUUCAUUGAGCACUACAGGCUUAAUAUCUCGCACUUCAAAGAACAGCGCAUCUCUGUUGCGGGUUCGGCAAGAACGCGAUGUGUACGUAGUUGUAAACAACUGUUAAAAAACACUUUUUUCUCUACUCCAUAAAAGCCGGUGGCGGGCUGGCGGCGCCGCUGGCGAUUGGCGGCGGCAUUUGCGCCGCCUUGCUCCUGAUCCUCGGAAUUGUGUUGUUUCUCUGCUGCACGGCAGCGGAGGCUGCAAAGGUGCUGGCGCCGGCCUCGCCGGAAGUAGAACAAGCGGAUCUGGAACUGAACACGGACCCGGUGUUAUCAUUUGUAAAAUGUCCCCACCCGCCCAGAGUCAAGAUGGGGAUUUUGCAACACAAACCUUGAAGUUUUGGGAACCACGCAUGACAAAUUGCAGGGUGUAGUGUAGUGCAGUUUCGCAAGAGAAGCCGCAUAGCAAAGCCAUCUCCUUAUGCUGUUUACAGCUUUACAAGUUCCCAAACAAAAUGGAUAAUGCCUCUCAUGGGGAUGCGCAUUACAAACGCUCUUGCGCUUGCAGAUCUGCAUGACAACCCUGGGGUCGUGGGGACGUUUUUACUCAGGAUAGGCGUUUAUCCUGUCCUUUGGGGACGCCGAGGCGGCGUUUUUGUCGGCCGGACUGUCGCCCAUGUACGCCAAGAAGCUGGCGGCGCAGGUGAGCAGACCCAGCGUGAGCAACAACGAGGACCUUGCGAGGCCGUCGUUAAACAAGGACCUGGAGGUGAUGACGCAGCUGGGACUGGACUUCGAGGGCGGGUUCGAGCAGGUCGGGCGCAUGCGUGGGUUCCUGCACAACCUCGCGGUCCAGAAGUACGGCGAGGAGGGGGUCAAGGAGCUCCUGCUCACCGGGGAGCACCUGCGGUUCUCUUUCGGGCACACCGAGCACGCGCUCGUGGCGCACGGGUUCACGCCCGUGGCCGCCAAGAAGCUGGCCACCAAGCUCCAGGAAGGCCUGGAGGGGGUCCAGGACACGGAGCCCACCGACGAGCAAAUUAUGAACUUUGUCAACAGCUUGAGUAAACAUGACCUCGAGGAGAUGGGCCUUGAGGGUGAGGACUACGAACUCUUUUCCCAGUUGAUCCACCGGGGGCAAAAGAGCGACAAUGAAGGUGAUCAUGUCGAGUCGGUGAGUGUGCUGUGGAAGGGGUUCGCGCGGGCCGGCGCGAUCAACAAACGGGCGCAGAAGCAGCUCUCGCUGGACCUGGCGGUGCACACCAUGACGCUGGACCUGCACGUGGGGGAGGUCGAGCGCGUGGAAACCGGCUUAAACUUCACGAGCGCGAUGCUGCCACCGAAGAAGAAAAAGAACACGCCAAAGCUGCCGGUGGUGGACGAAGACGGUGGAAUAGUGAACGAGGCUGCUGGGGAGGGAAAACAAGCGGCCGGGGAAGAGGCGCCGGCGCCUGCGGAAGUGAUGAAGUCGGUAGCGAAACUGGUGCCAAAGAAAAGCCUGUCGAAAUCCCUCUCCAACGUCAACCAGUCCCUUGCGAAGCAAAAAAGUGGGUUGUUUCCUGCGGAACAACAGGAUAAACAACAGCCGUCGCCACCGCCCCCCGCCUCCUGUUGCCCGUGUUUAUUCGGUAGUGGUGCCACGGCAGCUGAUGCGGACUCGGCCGCGCCCGCGAAAGGCGAAAAGGCAGCGCGUGGACAACCUUCCAAGAAAUCCGCAGUGAACCAAGCGGCAAGACAGGAGGGGAGCAAGAAUCAGGCCAGCCGCGCCAGCCGUGCGAAAUCUGGAUCUGCUCCUCCCGGGGAAGAUGGUCAAAAAGUUUCCCGCACGAGCCGCGAAGGCGGUAGGAAAAGCCAAGGAGGUGGUGUUGAGGAAAGCGCACCGGCGCCCGAGGCCGACACUGCCAACGAAGCGAACGAGUAAAUCUACAGUUCUAUCAAACAAAACAAAGUUAAUUAUAAAGUGAAUAGACUAAGUACACAGAUGCCCUGAAGCAAAAAAUACAGUGGACUUUCAAGCAUCUCAGAACAGCCUGUUUUCUUUCAGAGCAGUCUGCUUUUUCGAUUUUCAUACACGUCUUAUUGCACCUUUGUUUCGCUUUUUCAAUUUUUUACCUGAUUUUUUCACCCGCGCUUUUGUGUUAAUUUUUUCGCACGCUUUCAGAUUUUUACAUGUUUUUUUUUGCAUCUCAUUUUCGCAAAUUAGCACAACCAUCAUAAUCCACAUGUUUUGUAGUGCACGAGAAGUAAUAUUUCAAACACCACAUCAAGGAUCGUCUUGCGGAAGAAACUGUUUUCAAAGACGAGUUCAAAGAUGCACAUAGAUCAGACCCCCCCAGUCUCAGAGCACUGGUGUAUUGUACGCAAUAAAGGCGCACGAAAAAUUAAUUUCAGCACACCACGCGGGCGUGCUUCCGCUCCUAAUUACGCCUUCCGUGAAUCUUGCAUCGCUGGGCACGAUGUGCCCCCGCUCCGCUUGCGUAGCCCGCUCGCGUGGGCUUUGAAAGUAUCACCUUGCUGACGCCUUUUUCAUACACAUAGAAAUGCGCCACAG